UGACAGGGAAAUAACUCCAUAAUAUCUUCUUCAGAGCAGAGAGAUCAGUCACAGAGCUGAAUUCCUCUGCUGUUCAUUCAUCUCUACAAGCUGUUGGUUCUACAGCGCUUUCCAGCGGUUCUCCCCCUCGGUGAAGCGUCUUUUUCAAGAUGUCUUUCCAUUUGUGUGUAUUUCCUGGUUGCGGUCGUUGUCUCUCCCUGUCUGAUGGCCACGAUCGCUGCCUCUCGUGUCUGGGUGCAACCCACGUGGAGUCAGCGUUUGUGGAUGGUUCAUGCCCUCACUGCAGUCCCGACGCGGAGCUACCUGCAGGAUGGCGACGCCCCCUGCCUCAAAGCCGGCUGCCAAGAACCCCAAGAAGGCUUCGAAGCGUCCCUGAGACAGGCAGCACUGGGACUCAGGAAACUGCACUACGGGAGCUGAAGACAGAAAUUCAGACACCUCUGGGAUGGCACGAUGGCAGUCACAGGAGGAAGUCCUUCCUUUAUGAAAGAAACUUAAGGGAGUGCGGAAGUGAAACAGAAUUUUUUUUCACAAAGGACGCGAGAACGACGAAGCUGAACACGCAGCAGACAACCAUCCGAUAAAACAAUCAGAUAUUCUCCAUGGCCACCACAGAACCGGUGUACAACCAAACAACUACAGUGCAGGAGCCCAUAUCCAAAAAAUGGCUCGUGGUACCAUCGGAGAAUCUUGGGAAAAUUGGAUUCGGGAUAAAAAUCGUUGAAGUGCUUCUUUCGUUUGUGGCAUUCGUGUUGGAGGAGGUUGUGUCCAAUUGCUCAUCCUGUGGGCCGCUUUACUUCUUUGAAUUUGUCAGUUGCACAGCCUUUUUCUUCACGUUGUUACUUCUAAUCCUUCUCGCCACAACGCUGCACAAAAGAGUUGGAAUCAAUUGUUGGCCCUCCGUGGACUUUGGAUACACAGUAGCCAUGGCAUUUUUAUUCUUCAUUGCCAGUGUUGUGUUUGUGGCAGACAAUGGUGGGACGAGUCUGGAGUCUGCCGCAGUGAUAUUUGGCUUCCUUGCCACACUGGCCUUCGUCUUUGACUUUAUAUUCUUUUGGAAAAUGAAAGGUAUUCCAUGUCAAGGGGGAAGCAAUCAACCCACAGCAGAAAACGCAACCAGAUCAGUGCCAGAAACAGAGAAACUUAAUGCUAAUGGAACUGAAGAGUCUCAUUAGCAUUUUCACCAGCAUUUUACUGUCAGACUGCUGCUGUGCUCAAAAGCUUUUUGUCCCUUAACAAACACAAUUUUUUAUACAUAAUAACUGUUUUUACCUGAAGCACAAAUGUUAUGAUUUUGUAAUAUUUCCAUUAUAGUCUCUGGCCUGCUAAUGGACCAGAUGUAUCUUGUACCUUGAACGUUUUUAUUCUAUACUUGAAAUACAUAUAGGAGUCUUAACUUUACUUUUGAAAUAGGAGACACAAAAAUCUGCUUACAUUUUGCCACAAUGACAAUUUUGACAUGGCUUUUAAAAAAAUAUAUAUGAGUACAGAAGUGAAGUUGUCAUGUCCCCAUCAGAGCCUCUGCUCUGUACUAUUGUUUAUUUUUAAAUUAUUAUUGGUUAAAAGUACAUAAGAUGCACUGUAUUUCAUCUCAUCACCGAUUUAUUUAAUAGUUUUGUAUUCAUUCCUGAAAUAUGUUUUUGAGAAAUCAGAAUUCCAUCUAAACAUUACUGAUUGACAACUGUUUUAUGUCACAGGAAUUUAAAUACAAUAUUUGAUAAAUUAAUGAAAUCUCGAAAGGUUAGCAAAUUGUAUUAAAUAUUCAUGUCGUUUAAUACUUGUGGGACAGGGCAACAUUGCACUGUAUAGUGCCAUUAAAUCUGUUUUAUUCUUAAGAUAUUUUAGUGAACAUUUAAAUUUGAUGACAGCAUAAAAACAUUUUAUCAACAUUCACUAAUGGCCCAGUGAUAAUUUUUGGAUGUCAGGGGUGUACAGUCAUCGCUUUUUUUUUUUUUAUUGAAACAAUCUGUCAUUUUUAUAUUGUGUGGCACUGGAAGUGUUGUAUAUUUUAAUUUGUGCCUUGUUCCAAGUGAGCGCACAUGAUUCUAUCAUGGUUUUUGUGAGCUGUACGUUGUGAAGGUGUUCAAUUUAAUGAGAUAUUUGUGGUUAUAGGGAGUAACCAUGUACGUGUAGGCCCAGUUGUGUUAAGGUAAAUUUAAAUGCCCGUAGAGAUGAACGGACUGCAAGACAUUGAGACACUAAUCUGCCCUGUACGCUUUAACCCUCCUAUGCUAUAGAAUGGACUGCUGCUUCCUGUGUUAAUUAAUAAAUGUGAAUGUGACUUCCAGAUAUUUUGUUGAUGCAGUGAUACAACCCACAUACUUUUUAAUCCUUAAGAUAUAGGUAUAUUCGUUUGGUUGGUUGAAUGGACCAAAAAAGGUUUUGAGUUGCAUAGAUGGGAGAUUUAAGUAUUGUUAAAGAAUUCAUGAUUUUUAUCAUGAAUUUUUGAGCUUGUAUACCAGAAUUGUUUCUGCAAAAGUUCACAUGUACAGUAUGGUUUUUAUAAACAUUUAUCCAUUCCAGAUAAGCAAUAAAUAGAUUCUGGG